CUCACGAAAAAAAUCAUGGAACUGGCUCUGCAGCCUUGCAGCUUGCUGUAGGAGAUAAGCUGGGCUUCCUCGAGCUGGCGACACAUCGCGAAGAGGCGAGGAGAGACUCGGACAGGAUGUUCGUUGACUGCAUGAACUCUGGCCUGUCGUCCGUCGUCAUGGUCGACCUUCACGCUUCGGACAAGCUCUCUGAAAGCGCUCAUUCCCUAUAUGAUACCCCCUCCGUUCGGAAUUAUUUGCCUCGGAUAUGAAUGUAUCUAGAACUAAAAUACGUCUAGAUACAUUCAUUUUUGCGACAAGUAAUUCCGAACGGAGGGAGUACAAUGGAUCGGCCCACACACUUUCUUGUCAAGGUCCGCCACUGAUACCUACUCAAAUUUUAUAAGAGUCAUGACAAAGAUUUUCCAGGGACUUUUAUUGCGCUUUGUGAAAUUCAUUUUGUUUCUUGCCAACCUACAGUAAAUUGAUCAAAUGAAGGUUUUGUUUCUAGAAAAAGGAAGAUAAAUAAAGCUUAAUUUUACUUGUUUUUAGCAUAACAUUCACUCAUGCUUUGGAGGAUUAUUUAAAUCUCCUGAGUUUUUUAGGAUCACUUUUUUUAGGGUUUUUUAUUAGUUUUUUUAGGAUCAUUUGCUCUUUUUUUUUAGCUUGGGUAGUAGGAUCUGCGAUCAAAUUCGCGUACAUGGAUCGGCCCCAAUUUAGGGCAUUGAUCUAGGCCCACUAAGAAAUACCAUUUGGAUAAACCCGGCCCAGCCCAGCCCAGAAGGCACGCACUAAUCGCCAACCCAAAACCAUUCUUCCCACACUACCCCUCUCACCCGGAGAAACGAAGGCCGGCGGCGAGGAACAAGAAGAAGAAAGCCAUGGUGGUGCGGAUCCGGCUCGCGCGGUUCGGCUGCCGGAACCGGCCCUUUUACCGUGUCAUGGCCGCCGAUAGCCGCUCCCCGCGAGACGGCAAGCACCUCGAGGUCCUCGGCUACUACAACCCGCUCCCCGGGAAGGAUGGUGGCAAGAGGAUGGGGCUCAAGUUCGACCGGGUCAAGUACUGGCUGUCUGUUGGGGCACAGCCAUCAGAUCCCGUUCAGCGUAUCCUCUUCCGCGCUGGUGUUCUGCCUCCACCUCCAUUGCUAGCUAUGGGCCGGAAGGGUGGGCCACGUGACAGAAGCCCUAUUCAUCCGAUGACUGGCAGCCCUUUGGAUCUUGAGGGUGUCACAAUUGUUAAUGAUCCCAAUGCUGCUGAAGGUGACGCUGAAGAACCUACAGAACCUUCAUUGGAGAGUUAGCCAGCCCAGCCGGCUUCUGACUACUACUGAUAUGAUCCCUUUCGAGUGGAUUUCUGCAUUCCUUUGGGAUGCUCAAGUUGACAGAUAAUCUUAAAGUGUUGAUCCCAAUCCAAUCCAAUAUAUGUAUAUGCUUGUAUGAUUAUUCCUGCUGUGUGAUCCAAAUCCAAUCGAAUAUGAUGGAUGCUUUAUUUGAUGUUGUUGCUUGAUUAUUAUUGAUCUAAAAAGUUGACAUAUAUUGUCUUGUGUGA